CCACAGCCAAAGCCGUAAAUCAUUUGAUUGACAAAAGUGAUAGUGAAUUAAAAAAAACCUUUGUUUGCACUUUUGCAGAAUUCAUGACCGAGGGUUUGCGAAAUAUAAAAUUUUCAAAAAUGCCCUCACCUCCAAUCACGGAUAGUGAAGUCUCCAAGAUGAACGCGGAUAUAAAGGAGUCCUUUUCCAAGAUAAAGCCUGUGUGUGAUAUUGUUAUGGUGUGCCCGUCUGCUGAGAGCAUAUCCAACUUUGUAGCUCGCGUAUCAGAGCUGAAGAGGGAUGUGAUGCAAGAGCUGCAGCAAUACCUGCUGUUCCCUUUUAUCACUCAUCUGAAGUCUACUGAAAUAGAAAAGAAGUUUGAGAUCCAAUGGCGAUUGGUAGACGGUAUGCGAGUGGUAUUGGAGAAGGUAGUCGUGAACAGCUAUGACAUGUGCUAUAAGAUUGAGACCACUCUGCUGUCCAUGGUCUUCGACAACUCUAAACCUGGCAUGCUUGCUGAAGUGCCUGAAGAGCUGAAGCACAGUGUGAUGAAGUGUCUCACGGUCCUACAAGUGAACCUCGACAAGAGGUUUAGGGAGAAAAUGCUCAGAACUCAAGUGCCGUUACUGGCACAGGCGGUGUUUGUGUCAGUACACGUUGCUAAGCUGGAGAAACAUCGAGCCUUGAGACUAUCAGCUUUGAACAGCCUGAUGGCGCACACGGCGAUCCAUCCUCAGCUGACCACCGACAAGGCGCGCAUCCCCGAGCCGACUCUGGAGGCUCUGGUGGUAGACAUGCUGUCCAGCAUCCUGCCCGGCGUCCUGGCGGCGUUGCAGGACGUCGCCUUGUGCCCCAACAACCCUGGGCAUGCCGUGGUUGUGGCGGCUGUAGAGGCCAUUCACCGCAUCCUGUGCCUCACUAUGCAGGACAGACUGCUGCCGAAGAAACCAGACGGUAGCAGCGACGAUUUCUUCAAGAUAUUCACUGAACAGCAAGCGCAAGAUAACACUGAAGUAAGCUGUAAGGAGAAGCUGAAAGACGAGAAACCGAAGCGGUCCAGUAAGUGGUACGCCAUGGCGGGCGAGAAGCUCACUAUGAUCACCAAGUGUCUGCUGGCGCUGCGCUCGCACGAGCACUACCGCGUGCGCCGCGAGCUGGCCGUCUACUGCGCGCGCGUGCUCAACGAGUGCACCGUGACAAUGCAGCCGUCCAUGCCCAUAGUGCUGGACAUCCUCAUCUCCCUAUCAAAGGACGAGUACCCCGCCGUCUCCACAUACUGCGCCGCGGCGGUGCGUGCGCAUUUCGCGGCCGCUGGGCCGGACAAACACCAUAGAACUAUGGAUAAUCUGGCUGAGAAUCUCUUUGUGAUGCUCAAUGGACUGCCACGGAUACUGAAUAAUAUUGACACGGGCCGCAAGCUCUACGCAUUAAACCUGCUGCACGGCUACAUCCAGAUCUUAGUAGACUCGGGCCGCCCGCAGCGUCUCAGCGGCGUGCUCAGCGUGCACCACAACAUGGCGCGUCUGUGCCACGCGCUGCUGGCCGCCGCCGCGCUGCAGACGCACGCCACGCCGCGCCGCGUCUAUCUUGCACCAGGGAUGUCGUCGUCACCCAACACCACGUCGUGGUGUAAGCUGCAACACCUGGACUCUCCGGAGUGCGAGAAGCGACUGCAAGAGAUCUGCGGCCUCCUGGGUGGUGCCGAGUGUGCUGAGCUGAUCCUCGACCGACUGCUGGAAAUGUUCAGAGAGCAGAGAGGAUGCGAGAUUGCUUACGUCAUGAACCACAUGGCUGCGGGUCCAAACUCAACAGAAAGUUUUUUACGACGGAUAUUAGACACGUACAUAGAAGAAGAUGUGUGGUAUCUCCCGCUCGAAGUAGGGAGUGGUGAGGCGCCCGUGACGUCAGCGGAGACCUUGGACGUGUCUGUGUAUAACCCGCGAGCGUGGGUGAAGGACAGUGUGCCAGGCCUAUUCGAGGGCGCGGUAGAGACGCGCUACACCGGCAUCAGCUACGACGCGCCGCGGCCCGCCGCGCGCCGCGAGCCCGACAAGUGCGCGUCCCUCGCGCGCGCACAGCACAACACCGCGCUCGCCUGCCUCGCCGCCGCCGGCGUCGGGCUCGUCGCGCGCCGCCUGCGACGCCGCUUCCAGCCCUACCUGCUGCGGACGCUGCCCAUGCUGCUGGAGCGAGUGGGCAGCAAGCACGAAGCUCUCCACGUGUCGGGCCUGGCCGCGCUCGAGGCGGUAGCGGAGGCGGGCGGCCAUGACAGUGUCGCCGCGCUCGUGGCCGCCAACGCGGACUAUUUCACGCACCAGGUCACAGUCAGGCUCAAGAAGUCAUGGAACACUGAGUCAGCGCUACAAAUACUCUCAGUAGUGAUGGAGUACAGUGACUCUAGCAUACAAGACUGCCUUUACGGCAUUGUAAAUGAUGUACUAGUCCAAAGUUGUGAUAGAUAUUACGAAAGAAAUCUUUACGCAUAUUUGCAAGUGUUCUAUGCGUUUGUGGAUUGCCUUUACAAGUGGUUUCCCUUGGAAGAGCCACAGAAAACUACAACAGACGAUGACACAAGUGCACAAAUAGAUUUAUUCGUCGAUUUACGAGAAUAUAUCAAAAACACUGAAGAGGCUGAAAAGUUAUUGAGUAAUGAAGAGUUUGAGAAAGAGACUGGAAAGAGUGUGGAGGAGAUGUUUAAAGAAGAUCAACAGAAGAAAGAAGAAGAUAUUUUAGACUAUGAUGACAAGGUUACAGAAGAGAAACCGCCAUUACCGCAGCACAUAACCGUUCUCAUCGCGAUCCUGAAGCGCUGCGCACACUUCUCGGCGUCGUGUCCGCGCGACGACGCCAUCCUGGCGCUGCAGGUGCUGGAGUCCGGCCUGCGGCUGCUGCGCGACCGCGACGACCAGCUGCUGCCGCUCGUGCACCUCGCCUGGGCGCCGCUAGUCGCCAGGUUUGAAACAGAGGAGCCCGUAGUCCUUCGGCGGGCAUUGUCACUGCUGGUGGCGAUGGCCGAGCUCUCCAAAGACUUCAUCCUCAGCAGAUGCGUCAAGGAGGUGCUGCCCCGCCUGUACCAGUGGCUCCGCAAGGCGGCGGCGGACAGCCACCUGAAGGACGCCGGCUCCUACUACCGCUCCAGCGCCGCCUACCUGCUGCAGAUCGCCGCGCUCGCCUCGCUGCCCUCGCUCGCCGUGCACCUGCGGUUACAGGACGCGCCGCUCGAUGACGCCAUGACUGCUGUCGACGCGUACCUGUCCAACAAGCAGCCCAAGACUCUACAGACGUUAGCGGUGAACUUCUUCAAAGCGAUCCUGGACUACUCGUACGGCGCGGCGUGGUGGCACCUUCGCGCGCUGUGCGCCAACGACGAGCUCCUACAAGCACCCGCACGCCGCCUGGCGUCCGCGCGCGGCACGCCCUAUGUGGCCAACGACAAAGACAUUCAACACAACAUCGAAGCCAUCUUUGACAUUACCUCCUAAUCUUAAGCAUAUUUUUUACAAUUUUGAUAGAUUAAUAAUGAAUGGACUAAUAAAACAUUUUAAUGGCAGUAA